GAGCCGCCUCUAUUGGCCACAGUAACGGAUCGAGGCGAACGCGGUGUAGACCAUCAAAGCGAGGAUCAAAGGAUAUACAGAAAGAUGCAGUACACACUACUCGUAGCUACAGCAGCCGUGCUGCUUAGCUUGGCCCAGGCCAGGCCCCAAGUCCGACCCCAGGCGCAGGGAGAGCCCAUUCCCAUCAUCCGGCAGGAGCAGGAGGUCAACUUCGAUGGCUCCUACAAGUAUCUCUACGAGACGGGCAACGGGAUCAACGCCGAGGAGGAGGGCUAUCUCAAGAACCCGGGCACCGACAAUGCAGGGCAGGUCGCGCAGGGCUCCUUCUCGUACACCUCACCCGAGGGCAUUCCGAUCCGGAUAACCUAUCUGGCGGACGAGAAUGGCUUCCAGCCGCAGGGCGACCACCUGCCCACUCCCCCACCCAUUCCGCCAGCGAUCCAGAAGGCGUUGGCCUACUUGGCCACCGCACCACCGCCGCCGCAAGAGCAACCGGGUGGGUUCAACGCCCGACGGGGCUAGGGAUCCUCAGCUCAGCCCCCCCUUCACCUCCACCCCCACUUCACUGGAAUUACCUGGUUCUACUCAUUUGCAAAACGUGUACGAAUUAACAAUAAAACUGGCCAUACAACAACA